GAGCUGCUGUCAAUGUUUUACCUGGAUACGAUGACGUAACGACGCGUUCAGGAGAAGCGGCGCGGUGGAACACACGACCGUUGAUAAAUUACUUCGAUGUGGGCGUUUUUUAAGAUAGAAAACUGAUUUUUAUAAGAGUUGUAGACUUGUAUUGGAAACUUUAAACUGUUUCUGUCCGUGUUCGUGUACUAUGUCCCUCUCCGCUGUGUUUGUGUUGGACCUCAAGGGGAAGGUGCUGAUAUGUCGGAACUACAAGGGCGACGUGGACAUGGUGGAGAUUGACCACUUCAUGCCUCUCCUCAUGCAACAUGACGAGGAGGGGCUCAUGUGUCCUGUGAUGUCACAUGGCAACGUUCACUUCAUGUGGAUCAAACACAGCAACCUCUACUUGGUGGCCACCACUAACAAGAACUCUAAUGCCUCACUUGUGUAUUCCUUCCUCUACAAACUCGUCGAGGUAUUCACGGAAUAUUUUAAGGAACUGGAGGAAGAGAGCAUUCAGGACAACUUUGUGGUCGUGUAUGAGCUCCUGGAUGAGCUGAUGGACUUUGGAUUCCCUCAGACCACUGACAGCAAGAUCCUUCAGGAGUACAUUACACAGGAGGGUGCUAAACUUGAGGUGGCAAAGUCGAAAGUGCCGACCACGGUCACCAAUGCCGUUUCCUGGAGGUCUGAGGGUAUCAAAUACAAAAAGAACGAGGUUUUUAUUGAUGUCAUCGAGUCAAUUAAUGUGUUGGUAAAUGCAAACGGCAGUGUGAUGAGCAGCGACAUCGUAGGCAGCAUCAAACUAAAGACCAUGCUGUCAGGGAUGCCCGAACUGCGACUCGGCCUCAACGAUAGGGUGCUUUUCGCGCUUACCGGACGUGACAAGGGGAAGACAGUAGCGAUGGAAGAUGUGAAGUUCCACCAAUGUGUGCGUCUGUCACGCUUCGAGAAUGACCGCACUAUUUCUUUUAUUCCUCCAGAUGGGGAGUCUGAGCUUAUGUCCUACCGCAUAAAUACCCAUGUGAAACCACUGAUAUGGAUUGAAUCAAUAAUAGAAAAGUUCUCUCACAGCAGAGUGGAAAUCAUGGUGAAGGCAAAGGGCCAGUUCAAAAAACAAUCUGUGGCAAACAAUGUGGAGGUGAGGGUUCCUGUUCCCAGUGACGCCGACUCGCCCAAGUUCAAAACCAGCACGGGUAAUGCCAAAUAUGUACCGGAGAAGAACCUGGUGGUGUGGACUAUCAAAUCUUUCCCAGGAGGAAAAGAGUUUCUCAUGAGGGCUCACUUUGGUCUGCCCAGUGUGGAGAAUGAUGAGCUUGAGGGCAAACCUCCCAUUACUGUCAAAUUUGAAAUCCCUUACUUUACAGUGUCUGGAAUACAGGUGAGAUACAUGAAGAUAAUAGAAAAAAGUGGUUACCAGGCAUUGCCGUGGGUCCGCUACAUUACUCAAAGUGGAGAUUACCAGCUACGGACCAAUAUGUAAAGCCUGACGAAGACGAACAUUUUAAAUUUACAGUAGUUGACUGAUGGAAUUUCUCCUGAACUACUCAUUGUCACUGAUUUUCCAGAUUAAAAUCUGUUCGGAAGUGGAUUUGUAUUUUUCCUAAUGUUUAACAUUUCUAAAACCAAAUA